ACUUCUCAUUAAACCAUCACAGUCCCCACAUGCAUCCUUUAAUACCAAUCCCAAGCAGACACUCUCUCUCAAAUCUAUUUUAUCUUUACAGUCAGAGAGAGAGACAGAAUCACAAAAGAGACAACAAUGGCGGUGAAAAGCAAGAAGAAGAAGAUGGUCCUUAAGGCAGUCUCUGUUGUAGACAUCGGUUGCAGCAACUGUAAGUUCCCAACCUUGUCUUCUUUUUUCAACCGUUCCUCCAAAAAGCCCCGCCUCUACUCCUCUACUUACGGCCACGGCCACUCCUCCUCCACCACCACCACCACCGUUUCUUCCUCCUCCGCCAUUCCCUCCACCACUCACUGGUUCUCCGACAACACCUCCUCUUCCUCCUCCGCCACACCCUCCGCCGCUGUAGCCGUCGAGAAAGACUCCGAUGACCCUUACCUCGAUUUCCGCCAGUCUAUGCUUCAGAUGAUUCUCGAGAACGAGAUUUACUCCAAAGACGAUCUCAGAGAGCUUCUCAACUGCUUCCUCUCACUCAACGAGCCUUACCACCACAGCAUCAUCAUCCGCGCUUUCUCCGAAAUUUGGGAAGGAGUUUUCUCCGCCGCCGUCAAACGCCGUGGCAGCGUCCAAGAGUCUCCCCUCGUACGUCAUCAUGGGCCGUCACGGGCCUCACGUGAUUACCAUAAUCACCAUUACCACUGAUCGAUGCAAUGUAACUCUUUUAAGUAUUAACUAAGUAUCAUGCCAUGUCACCAAUAAUGUAUUGACACGUUGCUAUCUAUUUUACCUACUACCGAUGUGUCAAUAUAUUAUUGGGUUUGGGCUUUUUAAGUUCUUAUCUUAGCUUUGGGAUUUUCUUGUUUGUCUUUGAACCAAGUGUAACGACAACAAUGGUAGAAUGUUAUGUAAAAUGACCCUUCGUUUUAUAAGCUUUUGUUUAAAAAGUCU